AUGCCGUGCCGUUUCGCGGUCGCCUUCCCGGUGCCAAGGCCGCUGGAGCACCUCGCACCGCCCCUGCUCAUUUUGGACGACGUCGGCUCGGCCACGAAUGUCGGCCAAGCCGCGCAGAGCGCUUGUCUCCUGGGCGUGACCUCCCUCGUCGUCUCUGCGGCGACUUGGAGCUCGCUCAACGGCCGUGCUGCCCGUGUGUCACAUGGUUGGCUGUACCACUGCGAGUUUCACCGGGCUGAUUCGCUUCCAGAGGCGCUCCGCGCUCUACGUGCAGGAGGCCUUCGCUUGUACGCGGCCGAGGAGUACUUCUCGCAGCCGGUGGCUCCCCACUCGCCAGCCGGCGACCGCAACUGGGCGCUGGUGAUCGGCAGCGAGGACAGAGGGGUGUCGCCAGAGGUUGCGGAGCAGUGCCACGCUCGGGUCCGCAUUCCUCAGCGACGGGGGGCGUCUCUCAACGCGGCCACCGCGGCGACGCUGUGCCUGCACGAGCUGUCACGCCACAUGGGCCCGUGA